AGGAAGGAGACCAGAGCAGGAAGAGCAGCGGCGAGGCGGCGGCGGCGGCGGCGGCGGCUGAGUCGGUGGUGGCAGAGGCGAAAGCGACAGCUCUGGGGGGUAGCAGCGGCCCCGAGAGCAGGAUGCGGGUCCGGGUCGGGCUGACGCUGCUGCUCUGUGCGGUGCUGCUGGGCUCGGCCUCGGCGUCCUCGGAUGAAGAAGGCAGCCAGGAUGAAUCCUUAGAUUCCAAGACUUCUUUGCCAUCAGAUGAGUCGGUAAAGGACCACAGCUCAGCAGGCCGAGUAGUCGCUGGUCAGAUAUUUCUUGAUUCAGAAGAAUCAGAAUUGGAAUCACCUAUUCAGGAGGAGGAAGACAGCCUCAGGAGCCAAGAAAGGGAAGUUGUCACAGAAGAAAUCAGCUUUCUAGAAUCUCCAAAUCCAGAAAACAAGGACUAUGAAGAACCAACAAAAGUACAGAAACCAGCUUUGACUGCCAUUGAAGGCACAGCACAUGGGGAGCCCUGCCACUUUCCUUUUCUUUUCCUGGAUAAAGAAUAUGAUGAAUGUACAUCAGAUGGGAGGGAAGAUGGCAGACUGUGGUGUGCUACAACCUAUGACUACAAGGCAGAUGAAAAGUGGGGCUUUUGUGAAACUGAAGAAGAGGCUGCUAAAAGACGGCAAAUGCAGGAAGCUGAAAUGAUGUACCAGACUGGGAUGAAAAUCCUCAAUGGAAGCAAUAAGAAAAGCCAAAAAAGAGAAGCAUAUCGGUAUCUUCAAAAGGCAGCAAGCAUGAACCAUACCAAGGCCCUGGAGAGAGUGUCCUAUGCUCUUUUGUUUGGUGAUUACCUGACACAGAAUAUUCAGGCAGCUAAAGAGAUGUUUGAGAAAUUGACUGAGGAAGGCUCUCCCAAGGGACAAACUGCUCUUGGCUUUCUCUAUGCCUCUGGACUUGGUGUUAAUUCAAGUCAGGCAAAGGCCCUUGUAUAUUAUACUUUUGGAGCUCUUGGGGGCAACCUCAUAGCCCACAUGGUUUUGGGUUACCGAUACUGGGCUGGCAUUGGAGUCCUCCAGAGUUGUGAAUCGGCACUGACUCAUUAUCGUCUUGUUGCCAAUCAUGUUGCUAGUGAUAUAUCGCUGACGGGAGGCUCAGUGGUACAGAGAAUCCGGCUGCCUGACGAAGUGGAAAAUCCAGGAAUGAACAGUGGAAUGCUAGAAGAAGAUUUGAUUCAGUAUUACCAGUUCCUAGCUGAAAAAGGUGAUGUCCAAGCACAGGUUGGUCUGGGACAACUGCAUCUGCACGGAGGGCGUGGAGUGGAACAAAAUCAUCAGAGAGCGUUUGACUAUUUCAAUUUAGCAGCUAAUGCUGGCAAUUCACAUGCCAUGGCCUUCUUGGGAAAGAUGUACUCAGAGGGAAGUGAUAUUGUACCUCAAAGUAAUGAGACAGCUCUUCACUACUUUAAGAAAGCUGCUGACAUGGGCAACCCAGUUGGACAGAGUGGGCUUGGAAUGGCUUACCUCUAUGGGAGAGGGGUUCAAGUUAAUUAUGAUCUGGCACUGAAGUAUUUCCAGAAAGCUGCUGAACAAGGCUGGGUGGAUGGGCAACUACAGCUUGGCUCUAUGUAUUAUAAUGGCAUUGGAGUCAAGAGGGAUUAUAAGCAGGCCUUGAAGUAUUUUAACUUAGCCUCGCAGGGAGGCCACAUCCUGGCUUUCUAUAACCUGGCACAGAUGCAUGCCAGCGGCACAGGAGUGAUGAGAUCGUGUCACACCGCAGUGGAGUUGUUUAAGAAUGUAUGUGAACGAGGCCGCUGGUCCGAGAGGCUUAUGACUGCCUAUAACAGCUAUAAAGAUGGCGACUACAACGCAGCCGUGAUCCAGUAUCUCCUGCUGGCCGAACAAGGCUACGAAGUGGCACAAAGCAAUGCAGCCUUCAUUCUGGAUCAGAGAGAAGCAACCAUCGUAGGGGAGAAUGAAACUUACCCCAGAGCUUUGCUGCACUGGAACAGGGCUGCCUCUCAAGGCUACACUGUGGCUAGAAUUAAGCUUGGAGACUACCAUUUCUAUGGAUUUGGCACUGAUGUGGAUUACGAGACUGCGUUUAUUCAUUAUCGUCUGGCGUCUGAGCAACAACACAGUGCACAAGCUAUGUUUAAUCUGGGAUACAUGCAUGAGAAAGGACUAGGCAUUAAACAGGAUAUUCACCUUGCAAAACGUUUUUAUGACAUGGCAGCCGAAGCUAGCCCAGAUGCGCAAGUACCCGUCUUCCUAGCACUCUGCAAAUUGGGCGUUGUGUAUUUCUUGCAGUACAUACGGGAAACAAAUAUUCGAGAUGUAUUCACCCAACUUGAUAUGGACCAGCUUUUGGGACCUGAGUGGGACCUUUACCUCAUGACCAUCAUCGCAUUGCUGUUGGGAACAGUUAUAGCUUACAGGCAGAGGCAGCACCAAGACAUGCCUGUACCCAGGCCUCCAGGGCCACGGCCAGUGCCACCACAGCAGGAGGGGCCACCAGAGCAACAGCCGCCACAGUAACAGCCACUGUGUCCAGCCUUGAUCAGUGACAACCAAGGAAACUGUUUGCUGAGAACAUUUGCGUUAGAUUUAGGACUUGGGAUCAGUGGCCACCUCCUGGAAGAGGCACAAGGAAGCAUUGAAUUCCUGAAGCUGCUUAGAAUCCGAUGCCUUUAUUUUCAGGGAUAAGUAACUCUUACCUAAACUAAGUUGAAUGUUUGUUUCAGUACCGUAUGGAAUAACAGCUCUCAGUGGCUUUCCUUAUUUUUUUUUUUUUUUUUUCCUGGAAACAUGUGAGACAUUCAAAGUAAUGUCUGCUGUAUCCAGCUCUCUUUCUUGGGUCCUGUUGGUCCUUCUCUCAAUGUGCAUAAUUUCUUCUGUCAACCACCUUUAAGGUCUCAUGCAUCGACACUAAAAACGGAUCAUUGUAAAAAGGAAAGCCUAGUCUGUUGCAAGUUUAACCUUAACAUGUUUGAAAGUCUGAAAAUAGAACUUACCUUUUAAGUAAAAAAAAAAAAAAAUCUUCAGAGUGUUUCAAAACUACAACAACAGAAACUUCUACCAAGCCACAUGCAAGUAUACAUAUUCCUCAUAUUUGUUAUUUUAAAAGGGAAGGUUGGGAGGUUUCUUAUUAUUGGUGUUUGUCAUACUUUCUACCAUACUUCUCUCCUUCAAAGACGGAAAGGCUUUGUUCAAGAGUUUUAUGUGAACUUCACUUCUUUGGAAUGGAUUAGAUAUAAAAAAUUGUGAACUGA